CAUUUGUUGAUAAAGAUGCACUUUAUGUUUACAGAGUGUGACAUCCAAAUGAUUUCACAAGAUGACACGACUGAUGUUGUUUCCAGCACUACUGAUGGAAACGGGAAUGGAUUGACUGAGGCAUUCGUUCCCAACUCUGGCGUUUCAAAGCCGACAAUAAGCUAUACGAUUAAGGCUAUUAAUGAUGAUGUCAAAUUCUUCCGAUUUUCUGCCAAAGUAUGGAAUGUCCAAACUAUCCAAGUGUUUGUCCUUGACAGCAGCAACAAUCCUGUUGCGCCUAUCAAUCCCCGAGAGGUGUCAGUUUCGGGACCCUAUCCGAAAACGGUAGAUGUACGUCUGGUUGGUACUCCGGGUGUGACGGUGAAGAUAGUUCUUGAACCAACAUCAUAUGGUCAACCUAAACUUGAUGAAGUAGAGAUUGAUGCUUGCUUCACAUCAGUGACAACAACUACAAGUGUAACGACAACCGCAGUUCCUACAUCUACGUCUACAUACUACCACACAUCGACAACAACUGUACCAACAACAACGACCAUACCGACAACUACAGAAUCAACGACUCCCGAGGGAACGACAUCUACAACUACGGCUACCACUAGCACAACCACGUCUACGACCACUCAUAGCACAACGACAGAGUGUGACAUCCAAAUGAUUUCACAAGAUGACACGACUGAUGUUGUUUCCAGCACUACUGAUGGAAACGGGAAUGGAUUGACUGAGGCAUUCGUUCCCAACUCUGGCGUUUCAAAGCCGACAAUAAGCUAUACGAUUAAGGCUAUUAAUGAUGAUGUCAAAUUCUUCCGAUUUUCUGCCAAAGUAUGGAAUGUCCAAACUAUCCAAGUGUUUGUCCUUGACAGCAGCAACAAUCCUGUUGCGCCUAUCAAUCCCCGAGAGGUGUCAGUUUCGGGACCCUAUCCGAAAACGGUAGAUGUACGUCUGGUUGGUACUCCGGGUGUGACGGUGAAGAUAGUUCUUGAACCAACAUCAUAUGGUCAACCUAAACUUGAUGAAGUAGAGAUUGAUGCUUGCUUCACAUCAGUGACAACAACUACAAGUGUAACGACAACCGCAGUUCCUACAACACCACUGCUCCAACCCACGACUACCACCACAUCGACAACAACUGUACCAACAACAACGACCAUACCGACAACUACAGAAUCAACGACUCCCGAGGGAACGACAUCUACAACUACGGCUACCACUAGCACAACCACGUCUACGACCACUCAUAGCACAACGACAGAGUGUGACAUCCAAAUGAUUUCACAAGAUGACACGACUGAUGUUGUUUCCAGCACUACUGAUGGAAACGGGAAUGGAUUGACUGAGGCAUUCGUUCCCAACUCUGGCGUUUCAAAGCCGACAAUAAGCUAUACGAUUAAGGCUAUUAAUGAUGAUGUCAAAUUCUUCCGAUUUUCUGCCAAAGUAUGGAAUGUCCAAACUAUCCAAGUGUUUGUCCUUGACAGCAGCAACAAUCCUGUUGCGCCUAUCAAUCCCCGAGAGGUGUCAGUUUCGGGACCCUAUCCGAAAACGGUAGAUGUACGUCUGGUUGGUACUCCGGGUGUGACGGUGAAGAUAGUUCUUGAACCAACAUCAUAUGGUCAACCUAAACUUGAUGAAGUAGAGAUUGAUGCUUGCUUCACAUCAGUGACAACAACUACAAGUGUAACGACAACCGCAGUUCCUACAUCUACGUCUACUACUACAUCGACAACAACUGUACCAACAACAACGACCAUACCGACAACUACAGAAUCAACGACUCCCGAGGGAACGACAUCUACAACUACGGCUACCACUAGCACAACCACGUCUACGACCACUCAUAGCACAACGACAGGUAUACAUUCAGAAUUAGGAAUGCUGAAACAUAUGAUUAUACAUAUAGCACACUAUGUACUGUAG